GUAAUGGAGAUGAACAAGUUGCCAGAAGGGUGUGUUUCUACGAUUAUCUCGCUCACUUCUCCGGCAGAUGCAUGCAGAUCAUCGUUGGUUUCGUCGUCGUUUCGAUCGGCGGUGGAGUCCGAUGUUGUUUGGGAGAGGUUCUUGCCGUCUGAUUAUCAGGAUACUAUCUCCAGGUCAGGUGAAAAUAACGUGAAGAACUUCUCUUCGAAGAAAGAGUUGUUUCUUCAUUUCUGCAAUGCAGUUCUCAUAGACGGUGGUGAGAAGAGCUUCAGAUUGGAGAAGUCUUCUGGAAAAAAUUGUUUUAUACUGUCAGCAAGAGAGCUUUCCAUAACAUGGAGUGACAAUCCGGAGUUCUGGAUAUGGAAAUCUUCACCUGACUCAAGGUUUGCACAGGUGGCUGAGCUAAAAAGUGUAAGUAAGUUAGAGAUUGAAGGGAAGAUCAGGACCCAGAAGUUGUCACCAAACACAAGAUAUGGAGCUUAUCUCAUAAUGAAAACAAACAGCGGCGCAUAUGGGCUCGAUUUGGUGCCUGCAGAGACAUCGGUGGAGGUGGGGAGUCAGUCAGUUUCUUCAAACAAAGCUUACCUGACUAACCAAGAUGCCAAGAAACAACAAAUGGAGUGUUUAUUUUACAGCAAUCGAAGGCAGAUGUUGAAGCCGAGAGUCCUUGAUUCAGGAAUUAAUGGUGUUACUGAAAGGAAAGAUGGGUGGAUGGAGAUUGAAGUGGGAGAGUUCUUUAAUGGGGAAAGUGAUGAGAUGGUGAAGAUGAGUGUGAGAGAGAUAAAGGGUUAUCAACUCAAAGGAGGGCUUGUGAUUGAAGGCAUUGAAGUGAGACCUAAAAAAUAAAAAUAUUAAUGGAAGAGAACAAAGAAAGGAUAAAAAGUAUAC